CGUGGAGGCAGAGAGACCACUUUCGAAAAGUCCAUGGCCGGACGUAAAGACGGUGACGAAAAUGAAGACGUCAACGUCGUGACCGACUACAACGAUCUCGAUCUGCUCGACGAACUGUUCACGGAGCGGAGCGAUACGAGCGAGAAAGACCACGGCCUGACCAUCUCCAUCGACUGGAGCGAGAAUGCCAUCGACACAAGGCGAGAUGAGGCCGAUCUCGCCUCCAAAGACGCGUCCACCGAGAGCUCGGACUCUGACAACUUAAGCAUGACGGUUGAAUGCCUUCCGGUCCUAUUGCGAGCCACGAGCCAAGGCGCGUACUUCGAUUUCCGCAGCUUGGAUCCGGAUCAUACUGUGGGGCGUACACGGGUGCCGUGGCACUCGAAGAGCAUCUCGGACCUGAGAGAUCCAGACACAAAACCGACGCGCAUCGUCGCGUUCGACGUCGGUGGCAAGCUCUUCCGCUGUAAAGAGAGUUUGAUCGCCAAGUACCCACUUAAGAGACUCAACCAGAUCAUCACGUGCGGCUGUGGCAAGAUCGGCUGCUUAGACGACGCCUUCUUCAUCGACCGUAAUCCGCAACACUUUGAGAUGAUUCUGGACUGGUAUCGUACAGGAAAACUUGUACGACAGCGCAAUGUGGACGAAGAAGCGUUCAAAGAUGACGCAAUCUACUUCGAUCUGUACGAAGAGCUGUUCCCACCAACCCCAUCGGGGGAACCGCCACAGUCGUGGCCGACUACCAAGGCCCCACCUGGCCUACCAGUUCGUAGAAGAUCCGUUAACGAUGUUGACUUAGGGCGCAGCAAUACCAAACGCGUCAGUAUGUUCGCCAACAUGCCGUCUCCACCUGUCCAGCAGAAGAAUCAGGCCGAGUCUUCGACCAACACGAACGACGAGGGGCCACAAGACGUAGCGCUUCUUACAGCUAUAGACGACGUUCCGCUGCGGUUCUUCCGACGCGAGAGACGUGUGUUGACGACGACGAGCAUCCCUUUAGUGUUCAUGAUCCGUCGAUUCGAGCAGUUGUUGGUGGAGAGUGUGAAAGGACGAGGCAAACUCAUGAUCCGAGUGUGCGAUGCCACAGGGAUGCAGAAGGUAGACGUCCAUGAAGCGGUAUUAUUCGACAGUCAUUCCCGGUUCUACCUAAAGGGAGGGCGCGCUCAGCUGCAACAAAACGCGCUGCUGCCAGGUGAUCACGUAUACACGUUCUGGAUGGAGGAACACACCAAUGCGGCGAGCGUUCAAGCGUCUACGCCUCCAGCACUUGAUAUCGACUUUAAACUGAUCUUUAAAUUCGACCCUGACGACCGGAUCACACACAGUAUGGAAGCCGAGCUAGUGCGCGCAUCGGACGUCAACGAUGUUAUCCGCACACUAACCCCCGAAGGAACAUUACAGUCGAACGGGAGGGUGGGUUCGUAUUCGCCUUGUCUGUUCAUGCCGCCCAAGCGCGAGCCAGAGCUCACUGUACGUCCGGAUGACACCAGUACAGAAGCAACUGAAAAACUGUCAUCUUUCUCGAAGAAGAAAGGAGUAAAGCGUGGGAAUCCACACGACGCGAAGUCGUCUUCUAUUCGACACGCAGGAGCUUCGAUCGUGCGUGGACAGAUCCCUCGUCCACGACCUGCACAGGGCAAGAUAACCGUGUAUCGACCAGAUAAAUUGGACUUGAAUCCGUCUCCAACGUUGCUUGGCCUGCAUCGAUCCGACAGAAGGAUCGACAAUCAAUCAAAGCCAGCGCAUCACGAAAUGCAGCCGCGUCUAUUUCGAUGAGUUUUAACGUGUACAAAACGGCUACAGAGUGCAAGAAGUCUAACACUAAGAAAAUACGUUUGUCGUCCAUGAAAAACUACGAUCACACUCCUUGAGGCAACAGCGACGUGAGUAGCCGCUCCAUUUGGCCGAGAUUGUCGGCCGAUAGACGCAUCUCGCCGUCCUCUGACGCGCAACACGCGUCUUGGAGCAGCUCCAGCAUACUUAAGUACUCCUGGAACUCUUGGAUCGUCCAGGACGGCUCGCUUUUCACGCCGUCAUUUCGAGCCAGUGAUGAUACACACGUUGGACUGAGCAUAGUACUUCGUGCUGUCGAGCCAGGUUUGCAGACAAUAGGCGAUCGGGCGUUCACCACGUCGUCGUCGUGAUCGGCCAGCGCGGCCACGCUGAAGGGCUUCCCCACGGACUGGAAGCCGUCGUAGUUGACCAUCGGCUCGCAAACGUCGUUGAAUACGAGCUGGUUGCCAUUGUAGUCAGCGUUGAGCUUAC